UUCUACAUUGUUGGCUCGUUGCUGCAUAUGGCGUAAUUGUUUUGAAAGUGCUCGUGGUAUUUGCUUGCAAUUUAAUUAGGACUUGAAAUAGUAAAGCUUACAGCAUCUGAAAAGUUUACAUAAUGGCAGUUCGUGUUCAAUUUGAAAACAACAACGAAGUUGGAGUGUUCUCUAAAUUAACAAAUUCCUACUGUAUUGUAGCAAUUGGAGGGUCGGAGAAUUUUUACAGCAUAUUUGAAUCGGAGCUGGCUGAAACAAUUCCAGUCAUUCACGCGUCAAUAGCAGGAUGUCGAAUUAUUGGUCGCAUGUGCGUGGGCAACAAGAACGGGCUGCUGGUGCCCAACGCGACCACGGACACGGAGCUGCAGCACCUGCGCAACUCGCUGCCCGACGCGGUGCGCAUCCAGCGCGUGGAGGAGCGCCUGUCUGCCCUCGGCAACGUGGUCGCCUGCAACGACUACGUGGCGCUGGUGCACCCCGACCUCGACCGGGAGACUGAGGAGAUCCUGGCGGACGUGCUCAACGUGGAGGUGUUCCGGCAGACCGUCGCGGCCAACGUGCUGGUGGGCUCGUACAGCAUCCUGUCCAACCAGGGCGGCCUGGUCCACCCGCAGACCUCCAUCCAGGACCAGGACGAGCUGUCGUCCCUGCUGCAGGUGCCGCUGGUGGCGGGCACCGUGAACCGGGGCUCGGAGGUGAUCGCGGCCGGCAUGGUGGUGAACGACUGGUGUGCCUUCUGCGGCCUGGACACCACCUCCACUGAGCUGUCCGUCGUGGAGAGCAUCUUCAAGCUGAACGAGGCGCAUCCCUCCGCCAUCGCGACCAGCAUGCGGGCCUCACUCAUCGAGAGCCUGUCGUGAUGCGCGGCCCGAGGAAGAGGCUGAGCUGUGUGCGAGACGCGCCAGUGUGCCGGCAGGUGCUUGCUGCGUUACGUACACACACACAUAGCACACACGCAUGAGGGUGCUUCCAGACUUGUGAAUCAUCUUCUCCCUUAACGAGCCUUGCACACGUGGGCAGCAUGCACGUAGUUACAGACAUAGUUACCUACGGUGUGUCCCAGGGAGCAAGCGCCAUCACAGUCUUGGGUUCAUGUCCCUGGUUGUGUUAGUUUAAUACAUAAAUAUAUAUUUUUUGCUGUAGUUUGAAUGGCAUAUAAACCAUACUCAAAAACACCUUAUUAUUCCUCGUUUAGAUUGUUAACUUUAUCGCUAAGAACAUGAACAUUUACUUAAGUGUAGCAACAUUCAUGAUCUCACAACAGUUGGCAGUAUUCGCUUGUUUUUAAAAUGAAACUUUCAAAAUGUACGUAGCUCACAGUGAAAAAUAAAAAACCAUAAUAUUCAGUACUUUUUUAAAUUUUUGUGUAUGGAAUUUAAAAAUUGUAAGAAUUUUACAUUAAAAUAUUUAAAUUCGAGUUAACUUAAUUAAGCAAGUAACGAAGCUAGAAGAAGAGUAGGUAAACUAAUUCAUGUAACACAUUAACGAGAAAAUUGUGUAAUAUUGUAUUGUUAAAUGUUUCUAAUUAUUCCAUUACUUUAAAAAAUGGAAACUGUGUUAUCACACGUAGGAGUCAGGGAUGUGUACCGAAGCAGAGCGUGAUCGCACUUCAUUCAGUUGGUAUGCGACACUGCGUAACUAGUUCUUACAAUUUUCGCUCGCCUCUUCCGUAGAUCGUGCUCCUCCGAGAGUGCUGCGGUCACGUAAUGCUCGUGCUGAACUCCACUGUUUUCAGACAUUAAAGCCGAGGCCAGUGGCGGAUCCAGAAUUUUGAUUUGGGAGGGGCUUGACCCAGCUGAGGCUAGGCUUUAUCAAGACAAACACUAAAACAAUAGUGGACCCAGAUGCUUUUGGAGGGGGCUUGAGCCCCUUAGCCCCCCCUCUGGAUCCGCUACUGGCCGAGGCCACACAGAAAGCUACGCUAUGUUCGCUGCGCCAGGCGGCCAGACAGAUCAGUCCAGUUCGCAAUGUCGGAGAGACGCAAGCCGUGGGAUUCCAGUGAUGAUCCUGACGAUAUUAUUCUGCUGGCUCUCGCAGUACAAGAACGAAAACAGAAAUGGAUUCAUGAAUUCAAUAUAAAAACAUAAGAAUCUGAAGAAUUUCGUCAUUUGACGAAGCAGUUGCUAGUGAGGACGAAACAAAAUUUGUGGAUUAUUUCAGGAUAAAUUCAACUCGGUUUGAUAGCAUUCACUUGGAAUCAAAUCCCAGGCAUAUCCUGCCUUAUAUCCUUCCAUUGAUUCAUGCUAUAAACAUGUAUAUUUUUAUAAUCUUUCAAUUAACUUUUCUGUUGACUUGACAAUACCGAUAGAAAUUAAACUUCAUAAAAAGCAAAUGCAGAAGUCAGCACAAUUUCGCGCGAAAACAGAUAUUUUUUUUUUAUCUGCGCAUGCGGGAAGUCAGCGACAUUUUAGGAAAAUAGCAGAGAACAAAACACAUUGGGGACGUCGCCUACAGAGCGAACACAGCUGGCUGUAUUUUACUCGCGUAGCGAACAUCGCGAACAUAGCGAGAACAGCGCCCUGUGUGGCCGUAGCUUAAAGAUGAUGAUUCCUAAGUUUGUUGGUUCCUUUUUCAGUCUUUCGCUGAAACAAAUGUACUGUGUGUGCCCUGUAAGCAUCAUGAGUGUGUUCUUGAGAAGCAUCUGUUUGUAUUUGUAUGCCAAGUGUGGGUGUUCACUCUAAGGAAUGUACAUAAAAUAUUAAGUGUAUUGUGGUUGCAAGUAUAUUCAUGAAUACCAAGGCUCGGUAACGUUUCUUGGGUGGUAUUCGUAGUCAUGUUGUGACACAGGACAAAAAAAUAGUGCUUUGGUUAAGACAUUUUUAUUUCACAAAAAACAUUGUGAUGAAUAAAGCAUGAAUGGGACAAGCUUAACGAAAUAAGAUAAAUUUUGAAUUGGUGUGUUUGCCACCACAACACUAUAAACUCCCUGGUGGCCAAAGAAAGGGACUAAAGAAUUUUAUGUUAGCACAAGUAAAUUUAUGGAACUGAAAUCAGUACUGGUAAAAAGUUGUGAAAUUAGUAUAGUUGAGAAGUUUGUGUACAUUUCAAUAAUUAGUAGCGUCCCUGAUAAAUGGUGAAAAGUGAAAUUUGCGAAAAGUUACAAAAUUCAGUCAUUUUUUAAGUUUUUUGUGAAAUUUAAACAUUUUUGUGGAAACGUAAAGUUUUACGCAAAAUACAGCUGUUUCUUUAGGUUGAAUUACCGUAUUUACUCGCAUAAUCGUCGCAGCAAUUUUACCAAAUUUUAAGGAGAAAAAUUGAGGUGCAACCAUUAAGUGAGGAAAAAUUGAACAAAAAAAUUUUUAAGUAAAAUUUUUUUGUAAAUCGCAUGAAAAUGCUAAAUUAAAGAAGUUAAUAUCUAGGUACAUGGUACCUAUACGUAAUAUUUAUUUACAAUACGCGCAAAAUAAACAAAACAACUUUUGGUUACAAGAAGUUUGGCAAAAUAAAAAUAUAGUAUAAACACGACAUUGCGAAAAAAUCAAUAAACAAAAUACAUUUAUAAAACACAUUCAGUCUGAACACUAACCAAGUUUAUCUAUUCAUUGUCUGAACUAAAUUCUGAUGUAUCAGAUUCAUUUGCCGGGACGUCAACGUCAUCUUAGUCGCCGCUAUCGUCACGUGUUAUUCAAAUUGUCGUUUUGUUUUCGCCAGUCACGAACAUGUUUUGCACUUACUGAAAAUUCUCUUUCCGCGGCCCGAUUUCCAUGCUCUUCUGCAAAUGUGAUUACGCGCAACUUGAAAGCGGCAGUAUACGAAUUGUAUUUACCCAUAUUUUCACAAAAUGAACUUUCUCAAACUCUGCAAUUACCGGUACUUUCCACUCCAAUGCAAACGAGAUAAACAAUGGCAUCACAGCAUCUUAUCUUCCACACACAUUCCUUCCUCCCACACGGCCAAUUAGGACAUGCCGCUCAAGGUUGGACCAAUGAGAAGCGCCACACGCCACGUGAAAGCAGGCUGUUCCAUUGUGUUUACGGCUGUUCCGAUCGCGCCACACGCCACAUGAAAGCAGGCUGUUCCAUUGUGUUUACGGCUGUUCCGAUCGCGCCACACGCCACAUGAAAGCAGGCUGUUCCAUUGUGUUUACGGCUGUUCCAUUCGCGCCUCGCGCCUCAGUCGCCGUCAAUAAAUUAGGGUGCGACGAUUAUGAGGAGAAUCUUAAAUACCAAAUUCAUUACCUCAAACAAUAGGUGCGACGAUUAAGCAAUGGCGACGAUUAUUCGAGUAAAUACGGUAUGCCAUUUUUCCAAACCUCACACAGUUUUCAUAGAUCUUUGUAUUUAAUCUAUGUUGUUUGUGGUGAGCGUACAACACAGCGUUAUACAUUUUGUAUCAUUGUAUCUUUGGUAAUUUUCUUUAAAAGUGAGAUGGCUUUGUUUACAAGGGAAGCACCUAUGCAUUUUAUAUUAUACCUGUUUUACGUAACUUUUGUUUCCAAACAAUUGUGAAAUACAAACAGAAAUAACAUAUCCUCUUGUUUGUAUACAUUUUACAUUAUCAAAAUUUUAUAGUUUAGACCAAGAAAUAAUAUGUUCCAAUGUGUUUUACGUACCUUUAUCCCUGUCCCUUUACGUUUAUUUAAGUUGUUAAUACAACAUCUAGGAAUGUACACACUAUGUAGAUAAUGCCAAAUGUGGGAAUUGGUGUACUGGUGUUUUUUAGUACCUACUAUGUCUUGUUAAUUUAGCAGUAAGUUAGUUUAGUUUAUUGUUCGAAUUUUAAUAAAGUUAUAGAGAUUAUCAGUUGCAUAUUUAAUCUGUAAUUUGAUAAAGACUCUCUUUUCUGAACAAAGGUAAUAAAACUGCUUUUUAUUUAUUUAGACGUGUUCUUCAAACAUUCUCUAAAAGGGUGCUGUGAUACUUCAAGAAGUUUUUAAUGAGUUUUUAGGUUUGGUCAUCAGAAUUCCAAAUACAGCAAAACCCCUUAUUUGCACUUUUCAUGGGGACAAAGUAAAAAAGUGUAAAAAGCGGGAAAGUGUAAAUAAAGGGAAAAGUAUAAAAAGGAGUACAGUUUACCUUAUUUAGAAUUUUUUUCCUUUUGUUUAAUAGCACAUACUACAAUGCAGGUACAAACACACUAACAACAAAUUUUACUUUAGUAUUUAAUCAAUUAUUAAUUUACCACAUUUGACAAAAAUAAAAAAAGAAUGAAAGCCAAAAUGUUUUUCUGAUUACUUCCUAAAAAAUAAAUUUGAAAUUUUCUUCUGCUUGCUUUUUAGGCUGUUCAAGGAGAUUAUUUGCCUCUCCAAAUUAUAAAUACAGUUGCAACCGGCAGGGUUUAUAACAAAUACGGGCUACAUACACAUUGCUCACAGUAAAAAAAAUUUUAAGAAAAGGCCGCAAAUUGAUGAAUAUUUACCGUCAAUAGCGCGCCAAACGCGGAGAAAGGUCAUUGUACUCGGUCAGCUGCUGUAACGACGCGGCGGCGCAUGCGCACUCUAUGCUCCGCCCAGACUCAUGACGCCAUCAGCCGCCAACCAAUAGAUGCGAGCUUAGCGGAAAAAAAUAUAAGCUCCACCUCCCGUGUACCAAUUUUAUCCAGUUCUAAUACCAGUUUAUUGGUAUACGCACCAGUUUUCUCGCUGCCGUGACAUGUUCAAGUUUACGUUUAUCAUGAUGUCUUGAUACCAAUAAUUAAUUAUUUACGAUCCCCAGAAAUAAAUGGUUAGUUUAAAAAAUAUGGCGUCAACUGUACAAUACUUCCCAAAUUAUAAAAGACGUAUAAAACAGUUACCAAGACACCGCUCAUUUUAUCUUGUGAAGUUUAUGUCUCGUACCAGUAUUUCGGCUAAGUUGUGACAUAAAUACAGUAUCAGAACUUACAAGCAGCCAUGUUUGUACAUUCAUGAGUUUACGUUUUUCCCUCGUGCAUUUUAGAUUGUCUCCUGCUAUAAUUACUCGUACUUUUACACGCCUAGGCUUAAAUUAUUACAUGUUUAGAAAUAAAAGCAACUUUUCAUGUUAUAAAAUAUGUAUAUUUUGCUAUUUAAAAUGUUCAUUGCCUACUAGCUCCACGGUAUUUUCUGGUUGUUUAUGGUUGUUACGUGACGUAAAUAGCGGGAUUGAUUCGAUUUUUGAGACGUAAUUCGCGGGAAAGUAUUGUAUUGGACUAUAUGGGAACCAAACGGGACCUGAAGAAUAUAGUGCAAAUAACGGGAUAACGUAAAUAAGGGGUUUCGCUGUACAGUAUUUACCUGUGUGUGGUUUGCACAUUUUACGCCAAUGUUUUGUUUAAUAACAUUUAGUGUGACCCUUAUGUGAUUUUUUUCAUCGCAACAAGUGUGUGUUGUCGCCGGAGUACUAUGAACCUUUUAAAAUUACACGCAGUAUUCUACACUUAAUUUUGCAUUUUAUUCCAAGUAUAUUUCAUGACCCGGAACACAUAAUUUAAAUUCCAGGUUGAAAUCAUAGGAACUACAGCAGUUCUGCCCAUUACAAUGGUGCUGUGAUUUUGCCUCAAAGAGCAGUAAGGUACAUUAGCACGUAUGUAAACGUUUUUCAAACAGUUACUUCAAAGGGCAGCUCCACAUGGAUAAAAUUCUAGGAUUGCACUGUGUGGUUGAAUACGUGUAAGUAACUAGCUGUGUUGGUUUUUAAUAAAUAUGUUAAGGGUAAGAAUAAAUUGGUUUAGUUAAAAUAUCUCGGCAGUGCUUGUAAAACAUCACGAACUGUGCCUAGGGUGUCUACAGUUAGUACUUUCCUACUAGAUCUAGUACUUUUAUAAGUUUUUUAGUGGUCUAGUACAUUUACGCUCGGAUCUAGUACUUUUUUCCUUUAAUAUAAUAAUAUUACAGUUACCCCAAUAUGUUUUAUUAUUAAGCGUAAUUAUUUUUUAAAAACUAUGGACUUGUGAUAACAGCUGCUUCAUGUUUUGCAUAAAGUAUCACUAUACAGUUAAAUUAUGUAACAUGUUCUGUACUUUUUUUUUUUAACUUGCAUCAUGUAUGCAAAUAUUAAUGUCUGCACAUACAUAUAUGUACGUAAAGGGAACUAAAUAACGUGACAUGUUCUAUAUCCCAGAGCCUUGACUCCAUGUGGUAUCAACGGAACAAAAAUACAAAAUAUAUAAAAUAAAUAAAUGGAAUGUAUGUAUGUGGUGUGAUAUUUAAGUUUGAGCAUUGAAAUGUCAUAAUAACUUCCUAAAUUGUUAAAAACCAUUACAAAUUGUAAUUUAGUACUUUUUUUUUUUCAAAUAUAGUACUUUUUUCUCGCCUAAGUUGGUACGAAAUAUUUUUUUCCAUGUGGACACCCUGACUGCGCCGUUAAGGUGUGUGUGCCCCACCUGUCGGGCGGCAACCGUAGCCGCCGCCGGUAAGGGACGUGGCUGGAGGGGGAAAAUCUAAAGAUAAACCAGGCAGUGUGCGUGGAAACGGGAAGAGGUGUGCAUACGUGUGCGUGAGUGCGUGCGUGCUGCCACGCAGCAGAGUUUACGGUUCUCCCCCCCUCUCUCACCGCCGCAAAUGUCCGUGAACUGGCGCCGUGCGCAGUCCUUCGCAUCUCUUGUCUUGACAGGCUUUGGUGGUGCAGUUGUGUCCAGACAUUUGUUUUCGUGCGAAAUUUCCCCACGCUUGAAACUCCCAUCGUUCCAUGACAACUGGUGUAAGGGCGUUCUUGUUUUUUUAAUUGAAGGAACUGACAGAAAAAAAAAGUUAACAAGAAAUAGGUAGUAGCUUGCAGUUGUUUCUCGCUUGGAAAAGGGGAAGGGAAAAAAUAUGUACAAUCAGUGGCGUAGCCAGGAUUUGUGUAUGGCGGGUGUUAAGAAGCAUGGCCCCCCCCCUCCCCUGUAUUAAAGCGGGGGGUCCGGGGGUCCUCCCCCGGGAAAAUUUAGAUUUGAAGGAGUAAAAUAGUGCUAUUUUAGCAGUUUUCGGUUCUUAAAUUUAAAUAUUGUAAUGGUAAAAAUUUUAUUAAUUUUAAUAUGAAAUUUGUUUGAGUGAUGAAUAAGAAAUUAAUUAAAGAUUUGGUGCUCUGGGGGGGGGGGGGGGGGGUUCGAACCCCUAUAACCCCCCCCCCCCCCCUGGGCUACGCCCCUGUAUACAAUAUAUGCUAAGGACGGUAUAGUAUGCUUUUCCUUUGUAUUUUCUCGUAGAUGGUGCUUGUGGAGGGGCAAAGGGCCAUAAACGAUGGAGAAGGGAGAGGCAAAGGACAGAUAGUCAACAUCAGUGCUGUGUUACUUAGGUAGCAGUUAGCCGAGACGUGGACCAUAAAGCCUUACCUGUGUUCUACUGGGGACAGAUAUACGAAGCAACCCAAAUUCAAGGGCUUGCGGUGAAAAGGUUGGAUUUUUAUGCCCAUAAUUAUAGAUGUGACCCAUGUGUAGGAGCAAAUCUUCUGCGGGUAAAUACUGUACUUAAAACUAGUGUAAAUGCUUGGUUAGGUCAGCUGCAUAUAAAUACUCUAAGCAUUGUGGAUGGUUUAUUGUGUUUGUUUAGCUAACCUAAACUUUUACGGAAGAAUUGGGGGAAAAAAAAGUUGGGUAGUUAAAUAUUUUUUUCCUUCGGAAUUACAAAACAUUCUUAAGGUUUAAUUCAUAGCGUAUAGAAAACAAUUUCUAAGGGAAUAAAAGGCAAAAAUUAACAUAUGAUACAGAAUUUUAAGUAACCUUAAAUUUUUUGCACCUUCCUUUUAUGUUUUAGUACUGAAUUUUUGCACCACUUUUGAUAUAUUUUAACACCAUUUUUGGUCACUUUUAUUUACUGUUUUCUGGGGUCUCUAAUAUUAAGUAUUGAAAUGUAAUAAGUACUAAAUUAAGUAUUAAAAACAUGUAGUGUCUAUUUUUCCCCUGUUGAAUUAUUAGAAGUUAAUUUUACAACUACAUUGAUUGCUCAUGGAGUGCUCAGAAUAAGCCUAAUAACCUAAAAUAUUUGUUGAUUAGAAUGGCAUGGCACCAAACUUUUGAAAACAAAACUUGUAACCAUAUUUUUAAGUUCCUAUGAUAAAUUUAUUCUAGAAAUAAUUAUAGAAAAUUAUAAAUAGCCUUUACAGUUUUCUUCAAAUCAGAUUGAAUUAUUUGUGGGAGUACAUUUUAUUUGGCAUUUUUUUCCCAGCAAAUAUUUUUUUUGAUUUUCCUUCUUCCAGUUAAUUGUACCAAUAUUCGUAUCAGCUUACUUAGUCUUGCAGAACAGUUUCCCAUUUCAUCAUUUUAAGCCUUUUAGUUUUCAGCAACCAUAGAUUAACGCAAGCGCAAACCUUCGGUAAUCAUUGCAACAUAUUUCUGGCAGACACAUGCAUUCACAUACAAAAGUGUGUUGGUCUCUGUCCCAUAAGCAACAGCAGUUUGCCAACAUUAGGGGGGUGGGGGGGAUCUGUGUGUCCAGUUGUUCCUUGACAUAUUUUUUAACUGAUAGUAGGACAAAAAUUAUAAUAUAUCGCUAAUAAAAUCCACUGGAAACAUUACCAGUUAUCUGAUACACACGGAUAUCAUUUAUAGUUACGGCCACGGUAACGCCUAGUCUUUGGAAGUAUUGACGAUAUUUUGCCGCAAACCUUUGGACGGCUCUGCUCCGAAACCAUCUUGUUAAUAUCUUGAAAUAUCUUUUUUAAAAGCACGAACUGUGUCUAAGAACAUACUCAGAAUGGUAAUGAGGAAAACUCCAACAUGCUGGUGCUUGUCACAUUCAUCGCUACGAGUACCACCCUGGUCAAAGUGAAGGCUCAGUGUGCAUGUGUGUAUGUUGCAAGGAUUAGCUAGUUCUCUUGUUCCAUGAGGUGUGGUUCACUUGUCACAUUUUGCGUUCUUUUUGUAGUUCAAAAUAUGUACGCUGCUGGUUACUGUAUUAAGCGUGUAAGUACACAUGAGUAAGGUUAUGUUGCCUUAUCAGUUUACCUGUAUGAAUAGCCAGUAUUCUUUUGGAUCCAAAUAUUCUCGAAUAUAAAUAUUGAAUUCAAAUUAAAACUGGAUGAACAUUUUUCCAGCAUUAUUUGAUGGUUAUAAAGAGAUAUUUUAACAAAUACUUGUACGUGGUAUAUGGCUUUAUUAAAAUAAGUAUGCUUUCGAAUUGUUGUGAAUUAAUUUUUGCAAUGUUAGUUGUGGUAGUGUGCUUUCUGUGUUUUGAAAUCAUCAAAAACAAUUUCGGUUUACAGCUUGUACCCCAGUCCGAGCGUUGGCAGUCCUGUUCACUGUGUGGGUACUUAUUUCAGGCACGUUUGUACAUUGAAACUGGGACGUUCGCAUUUAACGUGGAAUACAAACAAAAAUUAUUUGUAUCAAGAUUUGAUAUUGUGACCAUUACCACAGGCCUACCUAUGGGUUAUAUAUGGGUAGCCUCUUUUAUUUGAAACAAAAUAUUUGUUCAUGUUAAAUACCAGUACAAUUUUUCUACAAUUUUACUUAAUUAAAAAUUAUGAUGGUUUAAUUUUAAAAUAUAAAUUUUAUAAAUAAUA